AUGCCUCGUAAGGGAAAUUAUAAGAUUGAUUAUGAUGAUGAUGAUGAGGAUGAUUAUGGUGCCUAUGAUGAGAUACCUUUGACUGGUUACCACUCUCUAAUAUUUGUUUGGCGCACAGAAUAUGUAGAUAAACUAAGUUACAUUUGCAGUGUGACAUUACUAGUCCUCAAUCCUUUGGAGCAUGUGACAAAAGACAAGCUAGAAGCAAUUAAGACUGGAGUUUGGCGCUGUCCCAUAUGUACAUUUGAUAAUGAUGACUAUAUGUCCGCCUGCGACAUCUGUGGGGUCCUUCGUAAUCCCUUGGUGAAAGGUUCGAGCAAGAGCAACUCUUCCCCAGUUGGGGGCAUAUGCAAAGAUUCUGGAGCAUCCAUAAUGGCCAAGUCUCUUUUUGCAUCACCACCGCAUCGCAGGCCCAAAAAGGCUGUAUUCUUUGAAGAAAAGAAUGAUGCUUCUUUUUCUGGACAACCUGGCAAAGUGCAUGGGGAUUUUCAUGUCUUUCUUAGGGCAUUUAACUCCGAAAAGAAUUACAAGAUUAAUAUAGCUCCCUUCAAAUUUGAUAUCCCUUCUCCAGAUGAUGUAGUAUCAAAUGGAAUACGGACCUCCAAACUGGGGUUUAAAGAUGUUUUUACAAAAGAAGAAGACAAUACCGUUGAAGUUGAAAGGGAGUUACCAAUUGAAGGGCCUGACAUUGUUACUGGAUCAACUUCAAAGGAUAGAUCUACUGACACAAAGGGCCACAGUUUUCCUUCAGAUAAGGAGGUUAAGACAGAAAGCAUCUCUAGUGGUAUGGGGAAAAUGUCAGUUUCUUCAAAAUCUGGGAUUGCGGAGAAUAUCAGUGGGGUGAGAAACCUAUCAAUUACACCAUUUAAACCCGAGAAAUGGAUGCUUCCUGAUGAAGUGGAAGAUAAAAUGCAACAACUGAGUCUUGCAAUUGUUGGUCAUGUUGAUUCUGGAAAGUCCACACUCUCUGGGAGAUUGCUACAUCUUUUAGGGCGUAUUUCACAAAAGCAGUUCCACAAAAAUGAAAAAGAUUCCAAGCAACAAGGAAAAGGGUCCUUUGCUUAUGCAUGGGCAUUAGAUGAAAGUGCUGAAGAAAGGGAACGAGGGAUAACUAUGACUGUGGGGGUUCAGUAUUUUGAUUCUAAAAAGUAUCAUAUAGUUUUGCUUGACUCCCCUGGCCAUAGAGAUUUUGUGCCAAAUAUGAUAACUGGGGCAACACAAGCUGAUGCUGCAAUUCUUGUAGUUGAUGCUUCCAUGGGUGCAUUUGAAGCAGGAAUGGAUAAAAAUGGGGGGCAAACAAGAGAGCAUGCCCAACUAAUUAGAAGCUUUGGAGCUGAUCAGAUUAUUGUUGCGGUCAAUAAAAUGGAUUCUGUAGAAUACUCCAGGGAAAGAUUUGAAAUAAUCAAGCAGAAACUGGGGACAUUUCUUCAUUCUUGUGGUUUCAAGGAGUCGUCGUUGCUCUGGAUUCCAGUGAGUGCCAUGGAAAAUCAAAAUUUGGUUAAUGGCCCUUCUGAUGUACGACUGUCCUGGUUUCAGGGGCCUUGUUUGCUGGAUGCAAUUGAUUCCCUCCAACCUCCUAAAAGGGACUAUGAAAAGCCUCUACUUUUGCCAAUAUGUGAUGUUCUAAGAUCGCAGCCACAAGGGCAGCUAGCUGUCGGUGGGAAAGUGGAGACUGGAGCUCUUCGUUCUGGAUCAAAGGUUCUGGUGAUGCCGUCUAGAGUAGUGGCGACAGUGCGGUCAUUGGAAAGGGACUCCCAUGCCUGUAAUGUUGCAAGAGCUGGAGAUAAUGUGAAUGUGAGCUUACUAGGUGUUGAUGCUAACCAAGUAUCAGCUGGAGGCGUGUUGUGUCACCCUGAUUUCCCAGUUGCUGUUUCUAAGCAUUUUGAAUUGAAAAUUCGUGUCUUGGAGAUCACAAUGCCAAUUUUAAUUGGUUCCCAGAUGGAAUUGCACGUACAUCACGCGAAGGAGGCUGCAAGAGUGGUUAAGAUACUGUCUUUGCUGGAUCCAAAGACUGGACAAGUUUCAAAGAGGACUCCAAGGUGUCUGCUUGCGAACCAGAAUGCGGCUAUUGAGGUGGUUCUGGAGGAAGAAGUUUGCGUUGAAGAAUACACAAAAUGUAGAGCUUUAGGAAGGGUAUCACUUAGAGCAUCGGGAAGAACCAUUGCUGUAGGUGUUGUUACCAAAAUUUUUGUCGGCAGUGAGGCAUAG